AGAGUGAGAGCUCUUCGCAGAAAACCUCUGGAUUGUCUUCCUCUGUUUGACAUCGUUGAUGGUCAAACCAUUCAUUUACCACAAUCGGCGAGGACAGGGACAGACAUUGGACAUAAUGAGAUAGCAUAAGAAGAGCCGAGUGUGUUUUUCGGAUGGUGGAAGCUAGCAUGCCGUGGGCUGUAGAUGCGUCACCGUUGGUUUCAUAGUGGGUCUCGUGCGAGGUUGUUGAGAGGAGAAAUCCACUUUUAUGACCAUGGCUCCCCAUCCAGUGGUCCAGGCCAUCAUUGAUCUUACAGCUGGUGCCAUAGGGGGAGCUGCAUGCGUCUUCAGCGGACAGCCCCUGGACACAGCAAAGGUGAAGAUGCAGACCUUUCCCAGGCUGUACCGAGGUUUCAUCCACUGCAUCGUGUCCACCUACAACCAAGUGGGAGUACGUGGUCUCUACCAGGGCACCACACCAGCACUGAUGGCCAACAUAGCAGAGAACUCAGUGCUCUUUAUGAGCUACGGAUUCUGUCAGCAGGUCAUCCGCUUUGCAGCUGGGCUGCACCAAGAGGCUGUGCUGAGUGACAUGCAGAAAGCUUGUGCUGGCUCUGUAGCAUCUAUCUUCUCAUCUCUGGUGCUCUGCCCCACCGAGCUGGUUAAGUGUCGACUACAGGCCAUGUAUGAGAUGGAGGCGUCAGGUAGGAUCGCAAAGAGCCAUAACUCCGUGUGGUCCGUGGUCAAAUCCAUAAUGAGGAACGAGGGGUUGCAGGGGUUCUUCCAGGGUCUGACCACAACCAUCGCCAGAGAGGUGCCAGGGUACUUCUGCUUCUUCGGGGCCUACGAGCUCAGCCGGACGGCGUUUGCAGACUACAUGAAAUGUGGCAAAGACGACAUAGGUGUGGCUCCGAUCGUGUUCAGUGGUGGUUUCGGGGGGGCGUGCCUUUGGCUUGUGGUCUAUCCCAUGGACUGUGUCAAAUCCAGGAUUCAGGUCAUGUCGAUGACGGGCAAACAGGCAGGAUUCUUUAAAACCUUCAUGACCAUCGCUCGUACUGAAGGUGUGAGGGCGCUGUACUCUGGCCUCACCCCCACCAUGGUGCGCACCUUCCCGGCUAACGGGGCUCUGUUUCUGGGCUACGAGGCCAGCAGGAAGCUCAUGAUGAAGCAGUUUGACAGCUGAACGGGUUCACGGGAAAUGCGAGUGUUUUGAGCCGCGAUGGUCUGAAUUGAACACUCCAACUGCAACACUUCUCUUUAAGAGUACAAUCAUAUAUUUAUAAAUAUAUUGCGUUUACGUCAUUUUAACGUAACUACGUUUUUAAAACUGAUUAUUGAUUAUUUCAUAAAUGUUCUACCUGCAUACAGGUUUAAGUCAGCCUCUGUUUAAAGAGCUGUCGACACUCCCAACAAGUUUUACCUCAGCGAGGUCGUGUCUGCACUUCCAGUGUUACAUCAGUGACGCCUAACUAAUCAUUUGCUGCUAGAAAUCAACACAUUUCAGGGUUACAUGUCAUUGAAUCCCAAAUAAACACUCAAAUUUUUGUUAUAGUGUGAAAAUGCAGCUAAACUAUUUUAUUCUCCUAGUUUUUCCUUUUAAAUCAUAACAUUUCCAUUGUUGCUUUUUGUCUCGUAAACAAAUACCUGAUGAAAUCUCAACUGCCUAGUUCUGUGCCAUUUUCACCCUGUGCUUCUUACAAUGGUUUCUUAUGCAUUUAUUAUUAUUGUGUUUUUGUUUGAAGACAAGGAUUUCAAUUUGUAGUUUUUAUUUUUAACAAGUGUUUGUAAAAAAAAUGUUAGUUCAUUGUCAUGUAAGCUUAAAAUAAAGACCAGUCAAGAUUUUAAAA